GGCGCGGCUGGGAGCGCCGCGCGCGCGGGGAGCGAGGUGGCGGGCGCCGGGGCUGGCAUGGCGUGGCCCUGCAUCAGCCGCCUGUGCUGCCUGGCGCGGCGCUGGAAUCAGCUGGACCGCUCCGACGUGGCCGUGCCGCUGACACUGCACGGCUACUCGGAUCUGGACAGCGAGGAGCCGGGCCCGGGCGGCGCCGCCUCGCGCAGGGUCCAGCCUCCAGCGGGCGCCCGGGACCGCGGCCGGGACGUGCCGCUCACUCAGUACCAGCGUGACUUCGGCGUGUGGACGGCGCCCGCCGGGCCCAGGGAUGCGCCGCCGGGGCGCGGGCCAGGGACGAGCGGCCGCAGGGACAAGUCCUCCGCGCCCCGCGCGCCUGGCGCCCGUGGGGUCUACGUGCUGCCUGUUGGAGACGCGGACGCGGCUGCAGCAGCGACCACAUCGUACAGACAGGAAUUCCAGGCUUGGACUGGAGUGAAGCCCUCAAGAUCCACAAAGGCAAAACCAGCCAGAGUCGUCACAACCCACAGUUCAGGAUGGGACAGCAGCCCCGGGGCGGGCUUCCAGGUCCCUGAGGUGAGGAAGAAGUUCACUCCCAACCCCUCAGCCAUCUUUCAGGCCUCAGCGCCGCGGAUCCUCAACGUGUGACACCCGCGCCGUGACACCAUGGCUGCUGAGAGGACUGGGGAGCAGCCUCGGGACCCACUGCCGCUGGGCCAGGCGAGAGCAUGGCAUUGGCCCCUCGUGGACGGCACAGCCCUCUCAAAGCUGUGGCCAGGGACCGUGUGCUGGUGUGGAGCAGACACGCCACCGGACCUGGCACACCCAGCCCAGCCGUCCUCCCGAGAAGCCCGCGGAAGGCUCCCACGCGUGUGACCGCCAUGUGGCCAUCUGAGGAGCCUGAGAUCAAGUCAAUCGGGAACGAACUGGUCCACGGAAGCCGAGGAAUGUGGACGCAUCGGCCCUUGAAGAACCAGUGAUGUCCACUUCCGGUGGAUCUCCCAGGAUGCAUGACCACGUGAUUUAUUUUACAACCUAUGCGAAUCCAAGGUGAGACCCUUGGCUUUUCCUACAAAUGGCCCCUGCGGUUGAAGCUGUAGGCAUCUUGGGCCGUCACCUGCAUGACUCAUGGUGAUGCUGAGCGUCCAGGAGGAAGUUUCCAGAAGAAACAGACCAGUCAUGCAGCCUCCACCUCACAGACCUCCUUAUGGCCAUGAUGAGCCUCACGUUUUAACAAAACAUUUAUUGGGAUUGAAUGAAUCACAUUUGCUUUGUGGUAAGUGACUAGAGACUCAGUCCACGUUUUAUUACUAAUUAUUUUUCCCCCUAACAUAAGGAUGACAAGAAAGGCACGGUCAUGCGUGCGGGCUAAGAACUGGGAGUGUUUUGGGGAAGGUGGCAUUUGCCUCACUCCCCGAAAUACCUUAAAAUGGCAUCUGCACCAACCCUUCCCCUCCUGUCUACCCUACUCACGUGUACAGUGACGGGGACUCUGGGACUCACCACCUUUUGAGGAGGUAGUUGAUUUUCUCUGGCAAGCUCUCCCAACUUCCUCCGUGAAUUCCAGCCAGCAUGGCCGCACAGGUCACGCCUGGUCCCUUCUUUGCACAGCAGCCCUUCAGACAUGUGAAGGGGCUACAUCCCUUUUUAAAGCCCAGAGGCACAAGCUUGGGACCAUCUUCAGGAAGGCCAUUUGUGGAUUUCCCUUUGCAUCUUUCAUCCUCUUUGGCCCCACGUGGCUCUAGUCUGGUGAGUGUCUAAGCUGCUGGUGGUGGCCCUCCGGCCUCAGAGCCACCAGGCAUGUAGGUGGGGCCGUGCCUGCGGCUCUGGCUGCCUGCGCAGCAGCCCUCCCAGGUGCCAGGCCCGGCAGGCACAGCCCUCCCCUCAUGCCAGCAAAGAGAACGCUCUUGAUGAGAGGCUCACUCUGAAGAAACCCACAUUUUGUGCGCUUACCCAAGGGCUUCUGGUGUUUCAGACUUCACGGCUUGCAUGUCUAAUGUUUCUAAGAUAAAAGGGGCUGCCUGCCGGGUGUUCUGUGGGAAAUGAGAUUAAACUGUACAAUCUCAGAUUUUACUAAAAUGCAACAAUGCAGUUUCAAUUUAAAUGGUAAACGUCUUCUCAUACUCUUCCACCAGUCUCUUGGUGCUAAGCACUUCAGUCUGGCCCGGCUGCUGCCACACCCCAGAUCCUGAGCAGUUCUUGCUGUGAGCUGCAGGGCACAUGUGUCAGGUACAGUCCACAGAACCCAGCCUGUCCCCUGCACUCACCCAGGCACCUCGGGUAAAGGGACUCUCUGAAGCUCCUCUCAGGCCCCAAUCCUCACUCUCCCCUCGCUAGCUGGGAGCAAUUGGAAUUCCGUUCCUUCACCCGUAAAGCAAGGGUGCUACCAGCUACACUGUGUGGCUCGCCAGGAGCAUCCGUGUUUAUGGGUGGGUGCUCAGUACAGAAAGUAACCAAGGCUUGGGUGUUAGGAUUAGUCUUUGCUGCCUCACUUGCCCGGGAGCCAGCUCUUCCCACCUGCAGCUCCCAGCACCCUCCAGGUUGCUGCUGUGCUCACAGCCCCUCACCCGCUCCUGCCCAGUGUCACCCUGCACAGCCCCUAGGAUGCUUGUUUGUUCUAUAAUGGGCCGCUCAGCUCUGCUGCACGUCAGCCAGGACCAGCUGGGCCCGCCCCUUCCUGGCAGUGCUGGUGGGCAGCAGCAUUGGAGGCCUCAGCACACCCACCAGGCCUGACUGCACGGCAGGCAGAUACCCAGGAGCCUUUCUGCAGUGCACAGCACACAGCUUUGCACACACACCAGCUCCACAGUCUUCCUGAAGGUGCGUCAUCAUUAUCUCAAGACAGGGCCUUGCUUUGUUGCCCGGGCUAGAGUGCAGUGGU